AUCCACGUGUCUCUUUUCCGCAGCAAGUCCUCCCCACGCGCGAACGAGCGCGUGAGCGAGAAGGUCCAGUUUGGCUGGAACGAACGACGAGCGCUUCCAACCAACUCUAUAAAUCUCAGACGAAAAUCGCCUUCCGAUAUCACAUCUCAACCGUCCCUCACCUCUCUCUCUCUCUCUAGAAUUUUCUCUCUCUAGAUUUUCCCCUUUCGUUCCUCUCUCCGACGGAAGUUCCAGAACGUUCUCGCUUCUUCGCCGUCCAAUUCGGUUUCGCGGUUCGAGCUGCAUGAACCGGUUCGGGAAGCUGGAUUUGUCGUCGAACUUGAAUUUCAACCACUUCGUCACGUGUCUGUUGAUUUUUUUCCUCCAUUUUUCGCCUCAACGCCUCUCUUCCGCCUCCGAUUCCGGUAGAAACAGUGAUCGCAAGCUUUGUUCCGGUCAUGGAGUCGAGAACUAAGAGUAAUCACCAAUUAACGAGAGCUAAUUGUUAUGGAAAUGUUAGCAAGCAGCAGGAGAGGUCACCAUCUGUUAUUGUUGUCGGUGGUGGCAUGGCUGGGAUUGCUGCUGCUCGUGCACUCCAUGAUGCUUCGUUUCAGGUUGUUCUCUUAGAGUCGAGGGAAAGAAUUGGCGGUCGAAUUCACACUGAUUACUCAUUUGGUUUUCCUGUUGACCUGGGAGCAUCAUGGUUGCAUGGAGUUUCCAAGGAGAAUCCACUGGCUUCGGUGAUUGGGAGGCUGGGGCUACCCCUUUACCGUACUAGUGGGGAUAAUUCCGUGCUCUAUGAUCAUGAUUUGGAAAGCUAUGCACUUUUUGAUACGGAAGGAAAUCAGGUUCCCCAAGAGCUGGUAACAAAAGUUGGUGAAAUAUUUGAGACAAUUUUGCAGGAGACAGAUAAAAUAAGACAAGAAUUCAGUGAAGACAUGUCUGUACUUCGUGGUCUUUCAAUUGUUUUUCAUAGGAAGCCAGAAUUCAGGUUGGAGGGGCUUGCUCAUAAGGUACUUCAGUGGUAUCUAUGCAGAAUGGAGGGCUGGUUUGCUGCAGAUUCCGAUAGUAUUUCACUGAAAGGCUGGGACCAGGAGGUGCUGCUCCCUGGUGGUCACGGUCUUAUGGUCCGGGGCUACUUACCUGUUAUAAACACCCUAGCCAAGGGUCUUGAUAUUCGCCUGGGGCACAGUGUCACAAAAAUAGCUAGGCGAUAUAAUGGAGUAAAGGUAACAGUGGAAAAAGGGAAAACAUUUGUUGCUGAUGCUGCUAUCAUCACUGUCCCACUUGGGGUGCUUAAAGCAAAGCGAAUAUUGUUUGAGCCAAAGCUCCCUGACUGGAAGGAAGCUGCCAUAGCUGAUCUUGGGAUUGGACUCGAGAAUAAAAUCAUUUUACACUUUGAAAAUGUGUUUUGGCCUAAUGUGGAGUUUUUGGGAGUGGUUGCAGACACAUCUUAUGCCUGUAGCUACUUCCUUAAUCUCCACAAGGCUGCAGGUCAUCCUGUCCUUGUUUACAUGCCUUCUGGGCGGCUUGCCAAAGACAUCGAAAAGAUGUCUGAUGAAGCAGCUGCCAACUUCGCUUUCAUGCAGCUCAAGAAGAUUCUUCCAGAUGCUUCUUCACCGAUUCAGUAUCUGGUGUCUCGGUGGGGGUCAGAUAUAAACUCCCUGGGUUCAUAUAGCUAUGAUGCAGUAGGGAAAUCCCAUGAACUGUUCGAGAGGCUAAGAGUACCAGUAGAUAACUUGUUCUUUGCAGGGGAAGCGACAAGUAUGAGCUAUACAGGGUCUGUCCAUGGGGCAUUCUCCACCGGAAUGAUGGCGGCCGAAGACUGCCGGAUGCGCGUGCUGGAGCGAUAUGGAGAGCUUGAUUUAUUCCAGCCAGCCAUGGGAGAAGAGGCUUCCUUGUCUAUCCCACUGCAAAUAUCUCGUAUGUAAUCAAUCAUCUCGGGGUCACGACUAGUGGACAGAAGCAGUUCACUAGGACACUUCUGUUCCCUUGUUAUCAACCUAUAGGAUAUAUAUAUAUAUAUAUAUAUAGCUUAAUGUUUUGUCCAAGUCACGCCUUGUGUUGCGUAUCCAUAGUCUAUGCUGUCAAGAACAGGUAAUUAAUGUGAAUAUUCUACGUGAGAAGUCAUGGCUUCUAUAGUUAUCAUGUGUAGAAAAGUGCGUCAUUAGUUUCAGAAUGUCGCUGGACUCAUCUACCCUAUAUAUUUGCAUAAUAAUAAUUUGUGUUUUUCCUCGCCUUUUAAUUUUCACUUUUUAACAGUUCAAGCAAGUUAACGAAA